GCGUGCUCGCGGUCAUGUGAUUGGACCAACAUGGCGUCUCCCAGCUGCUUGUGGCUCUUGGCCGUCGCUCUCCUGUCCUGGUCCUGCGUUGCCGGGGCGCCGGGGCAUCUCGACCCGCCCACGCCGCUGCCGCUGGUGAUCUGGCAUGGCAUGGGUGACAGCUGUUGUAAUCCCUUAAGUAUGGGUGCUGUUAAGAAAAUGGUUGAGAAGAAAAUACCUGGAAUUUACGUCUUAUCUUUAGAGAUUGGGAAGAACAUGCUGGAGGAUGUGGAAAACAGCUUCUUCUUGAAUGUUAAUUCCCAAGUUGCAAUGGUGUGUCAGCUUCUUGCUAAGGAUCCUGAACUGCAGAAAGGCUACAAUGCUAUGGGAUUCUCCCAGGGAGGCCAGUUUCUGAGGGCAGUGGUUCAGAGAUGCCCAUCACCUCCCAUGGUCAACCUGAUCUCAGUUGGGGGCCAGCACCAAGGUGUUUUUGGACUCCCUCGAUGCCCAGGAGAGAGCUCUCACAUUUGUGACCUGAUCAGAAAAACGUUGAACGCUGGUGCUUACUCCAAAGUCAUUCAAGAACGCCUGGUGCAGGCAGAAUACUGGCACGACCCCAUAAAGGAGGACAUGUACCGCAACCACAGCAUCUUCCUGGCAGACAUCAAUCAGGAGAGGGGUGUCAAUGCGUCCUACAAGAAGAACCUGAUGGCCCUGAAGAAGUUUGUAAUGGUGAAAUUCCUCAAUGAUUCCGUUGUGGACCCUGUAGAUUCUGAGUGGUUUGGAUUUUACAGAAGUGGCCAAGCCAAGGAAACCAUUCCCCUACAGGAGACCACUCUGUACACAGAGGACCGACUGGGGCUAAGGGAAAUGGACAAAGCAGGGCAGCUAGUGUUUCUGGCUACAGCAGGGGACCACCUGCAAUUGUCUGAAGAAUGGUUUUAUGCCCACAUCAUACCUUUCCUUCAAUGAAACCCUUGCAGUUUUGUACCAGAGCUCAGGGAGCCCCCACCUCUUCUAAACCAUGUUGGAGACAAGUUUCCUUCACGUCCAAACCUGAGCUCAGAUCCAGCUUGCAACUAAUCCUUCCUUCUCUCCUAUCAUCAUCUAACAUUGCCCUACUUGGAAAGAUCUAAGAUCCGAAUCUUAUCCUUUGCUGCCUCCUAUCACCAUAUGGUGUUGAAUGCAAGUUUAAUAACCACAAAGAUUGUUUUACAACCUUUUGAUGUGGUCAAGCUCAGUUUCAGGAAAAGAAGUCUGCUGCCGAUCAGUGUCAGAACCGUGCCCAGGUUCAGAGGAGACUUGAAAAACUACAGCAAUAAGACAUCCUAAGGGCAAUCAUCUUUUGUAGGGAAGCCUAGCUACAUUUCAAGCAAAGAGAAGUCUGGUACCAUGGCCUGAGGUACUGACAAAAAAUACUUCCUUCAUUUUGCUAGUGGAGACUGAAUUAGUGCUUACACAGUCUUGCUUAGGUAGCGGUUCUGUAUAAUUUUCUUAAGGCUGCCUUCCUCUCUGGGUAUGUUACCAUCUGUGCCAUCUUAGCAAUUAGGCAAAUUCCCUGGUCUGCCAUUUUGCCACUGCAGCACUUAUUUUGUCCCCUCACAUAGUGAUGACUUACACAGUCACAAAAGGAGGGAAAUGGUGGGGGACCAGCAGUUAGCAUAAUGGCUAUGUUGCUGGACU